AUGGAGGGCGCAGCAGACUUCACUCCCUUCCAGGAGCAGGUGCAAGCUGCCCUGAUCAGCUCUACCAAAACCACCGGCCAGAUAAUAGCUGAAGAUCUCGCCUUCCACCGCUCCCUUGACUCCAAUGUCACCAAAUCCCUCGACGAGCAGGGCAACCGACUACUCAAUCUAACUAAUUCGCUCCUCCGAAUCGCAUCCUCGAAUAACCCAGACUCGCCAUUUUCCAGCAACUCCAGAACGAAAUCUGCGCGUCGUCCGGUCUUGCGCGACGAAGAGUCGAUAGACGAGAACUGGAAAUCUGUCGUGGAUGUUAUCGAUGAGCUGUUGGAGAAGGCCGACGCGUGUCUGGAUGAGUUUACGGGUAUAAUUAAGAAACUCAGUCCGUCGCAGCAGGAGAGACAGCGAGAGAAAGAGAAGGAGAAGGAUGAGGGGAAACAGGGGUUUCCUAGCAUGUAUAGCUAUGGGCCGUCGAAGAUACCGAAGCCACAGCUAUUAUUUGACGUGCCGUUGAAUAAUGCUGAUGAUGGCACUGCGUUUAAGCCGUUGCUUAAGACGAAGCCGCAUGCCAUUGUUCCUUUUGAGAAGAGUCUGGGAGGCAGCCUAUCAGAUCCUACCAAGCCAUACAACCAUCCGUAUAGCCAGGAGAUUGCAGAGUUCACGUAUCCGGAAUCGGUCUACAAGUCUGCAGAACCGAUGAUGUACCAACCCGUGGAAACUACAAAGGCAACGUUCGUGGACACCCUUGAAGGCGUACACGCGAUGCUAGCAGAGUUGAAAAAGGCAAAGGAAAUCGCAGUCGAUCUCGAGCAUCACGAUAGCCACGUCUACCACGGCAUCGUAUGUCUGAUGCAGAUAAGCACGCGCGAACAGGACUGGAUUGUAGACACGCUUAAACCAUGGCGAGCAGAGCUGCAGGUUCUCAACGAGGUGUUUGCAGAUCCGUCUAUCGUCAAGGUGCUGCACGGCUCGAGUAUGGAUGUUAUCUGGCUACAGCGAGACCUGGGACUAUACCUGGUUGGACUGUUCGAUACGUACCACGCGUCGUGUGCGCUGCAGCUGCAAAAGAAGAGUCUCAAGUUCCUGCUACGGGAAUAUGUAGGAUUUGACGCUGAUAAGAAGUAUCAGACUGCGGAUUGGAGGAUACGGCCGCUUCUGCCUGGCAUGUUAGACUAUGCGAGGUCGGAUACGCAUUUCCUUCUAUACAUCUUCGACAGGCUGAGGAAUGAUUUGAUAGCUGCGUCGGAGGAGGCGGCUGGAGGAACAGCGGAGGACGGGAUUGAAUAUGUGCUUUCCCGGUCCAAGGAGUGUGCACUACAGCGCUACGAACGGCCGACCUACGACUCCGUACGCGGUCGAGGCAGCGGCGGAUGGCACGACAUGCUCUCCAACAGUCCCGUACUGUUCACACGCGAGCAGUUCGCCGUCUUCCGUGCUCUGCACGAAUGGCGAGACAGGACAUCCCGAGCGGACGACGAGAGCACGCAGACGGUACUAUCGAAGAGGUCGCUGUUCAGGAUUGCGCAGGAGAUGCCCGAGGAUAAAUUCGCGGUCCUCCGAUUUGCGUCGCCUGUUUCUGCAUCUCUGAGGAGCCGGGCGGAAGAAGUUGCCGCGCUGAUCGGAGAGGCGAAGAAGAACGGUGCUACGGGCCCGGAAAUGCAUGAGAUGAUCCGGCGACGAUCUCCGGCCGCUCAAGCUGCUCGAGCAGCAGCAGCAGCAGCAGCUUCUCCUGCUUCUCCUGCUGCCAAGGUUGUCGCCGUUGAGGAUGGGAUGGACCUUGACGUGAACGAUGCAGGUGUAGAUGCAGGCGUGGGUGUCCGUACCUCCGUGUCGCAGUUCUGGGGCCAGGUCGAGGAUACAGAACACCCCCAGUACUCCAACUAUGCGAUCCCAGCAUCCGCGCAGGCCCUACAGCUCUCCCUCCCGCUGCCGUCGAUGCCGGUCCGGGUUGUUGAGGAUAACAUGCCCAGUGCCAGCUCUGGUCUUGAUAUCGACGAGGACGAGGACGAGGAUGAUGACGAUGACGAUGACGACAUGGAAAACGAGGAAGAAGAAGAAGCAAGGCCCAAGACGGUAAAAAGCAACGAGAUCUUUACUGUGAAACAGUUUGGAGUACCGCAGAAACGGCAGGGCGGGGCGCAACUAAGGUCUGAUGACGAUGAAACUGCCCCUGCGGAUCCUGGUAGGGGCUUCGAUAUGGCUGCGUCUGAGAUCUUGCUUGAUGACACUAGUGCAGAUCGGAAACAGAAGAAGGGACGGCGUCAGAAGCAGAAACAGAGGUCGUCGCUGGGCAAACGGCGACGAGAAGAUGGCAACGAGGAAGAUGCAAUGCCGUUUGACUACGCGAAUGCCGAGUCACUGAUACACGCAAAGGCAGACGACGGGCAGGACCAGGGGAAGCAGGGCGGGAAAGGGAAAGGCAGGAGGUUUGACCCGUACGUCAAGCUGUCCAACGCGCCGUCUGGAGUGAAGAAAGUGCGCAAGGAGACAGCUGGUCGAUCGCAUACCUUUAGAUAG